ACCGCGGCUUUUGAAUCGCGGCAGCGGCCGGCGGCGGCGGCGGGAUGGGAGCCCAGUCGCUGCCCCCCGCCUGGCGGCUCUACCUCAAGCACCACCGCAUCGCUACCUUCACGAACUGGCCCUUCUUGGAGGACUGCGCCUGCACCCCGGAACGGAUGGCCGCGGCCGGCUUCAUCCACUGCCCCACGGAGAACGAACCCGACUUGGCCCAGUGUUUCUUCUGCCUCAAGGAGCUGGAAGGCUGGGAGCCAGACGACGACCCCAUAGAGGAACAUAAGAGGCAUUCGUCUCGCUGUGCUUUCCUUUCUGUCAAGAAGCAGUUUGAAGAAUUAACCCUCAGUGAAUUUUUGAAACUGGACAAAGAAAGAGCCAAGAACAAAAUCGCGAAGGAAACCACCAGCAAGCAGAGGGAGUUUAAAGAAGACGCCAAGAAAGUGCGCGCCGCCAUCGAGAAGCUGGCCUCCGGGGAGUGACGCGCGGCGGUUCCCGGCCCCGUGGGCGGGUCCCCAAGGCGCACCCCGUGUCACCACCGGUCCUGGGGCCCCACAGCGCCUUGCAGAGGAGAACUGUGCUUCGUGAAACUGGCUUUAAACUUUGUUUUGUCUUGGAAGUGGCUCCAGAGGCAGCCUGAGGCCUGCUGUGCUGCAGGGGCAGCGGCCACUCCGGGCGCAUGCGAGGGAGGCCCUUCCACCAGCCUCGUCCAGCCUGAGAGGGGUGGGGGGGGCAGACAAUUGUGGGGGCCAUUUUCAGUCGCACCGCAGUGCGCGUGGGCCUGCCAGUGUGGCGCGCACCUCCUGGCCACCUCGCCUGCUGCCUUUGGCGGCCCCUCCGUGCAACGCGCUAGCCUCCCUCUACUCCGAAGCGGCUGCUGGGGGGUCACGUCCCUGCCCGACCUCUGCAGGCGCGGCGAGGCCAGGGGUUCCCGCGCCUGUUUCUUCCUCCUGCCAGCCCCACGUUGGGGGGCGAGGUACCGGAGGCCGAAGCCCUGGCUGCAGUGAGGGCCCUUUCCACCCGCGGCCGGCCGAGCGCGCUUCUCUGCCUGCCUGCCCGCCUGCCGCCAGGGGCCUCGCGGUGCCCGUCCUCGCCUAGAGCAUGCGGUCGGCUCGCCAUCUGCCGGGUGAGCCUCGCCCGCGGGUGGCGGGAGAGGCCCCGGGAGGUGAUGUGUCGCGCCCGGUGCCCGCCAGCCUCUGUCCUGGUCUCCGGAGACCUUUUUGGGAAACUUUUAAAAAGUAGAUAACUUGUUUAUGUUGUUUGUCGUCUGACGAGAUGUUCGAGCUUCAGCGCAGCGGGCCUGGGCAGCGUCUGGGUGGUCGUGCAACGACAGCGGCCCGACCCUCUGGUCCCGGGGCGCCUGCCCGC